CCCCCCCCCCCCAUUGUAACGACUUUUUUACGUUACUAUUAAAGUCUUGUGGAAAGACUCUUGUCCGCAAUCCGCAAAGCCGAAGCAAGAGUCGACCAGGCUAGGAUAAUCGUUGCUUCGGCAGUUUGGGGGAGGAUGCGAAAGCCAGAAUGAUCCGCUAGCAAUCAACUUUGUAGUAGGUCUACGUAGCUACUCCAAAAAAUUACUUUAUUAUUAUUAUUAGUGUGACUCAGGACCAAACGAUUGUACGAGUACAAUUCUGGUUUCAAAAAUUUCGGAUUUAUAUCUUGAACAUACGUAUAUACACACAUGUAGUUGAUGUACGUGGUGAUUGGCAGCACGUGUAGCCUGUAGGUUUCCUCUGUUUCUUCUACUCCUGGCCCUGUACUGGUUGCAGCUGCUGUCCAAGGCACGAGAAUGGCAUCCUGCUGGCUGCCAGUUGCGAGUGUGGUCAUUGUGGGCCUGGCUGCCCUGUUUUCUGGCCUUCUGAGCCGCGAUCGCUUUGAUGGAUGUUGUCCUGUGCUGAACUGGGAACAGCGUCAUGCGUUCGAUUCUCCCGUGGUGCUACGUCCAAGCUCACUGGCCGAGGUUGUAGCUGCAGUGAACAUGGCCCGGUUGCAAAGAAAACGCCUGACUAUUGUCGGAUCGGGGCAUUCUUAUUCUAGUAUCGCCGUUCCCAAUCCUGACGUCGGCGGUACUGCUGAUGAUAUGGAGAUGCACAACAAUGGUAGUGUCCUAGUGUGCAUGAGGUGUUACUCCGGACUGGUACGCGUGGACAGUGACAGUCACCUGGUGACAGUGCUGGCUGGCACGUCCCUUGAGCAGCUCAUUUCCAUCUUAGACCAGCACCGUCUGGCACUUGAUGUCAUGCCCACUGUGUUUGAACCGACCAUUGGGGGAAUAGUAGCUGCAGGAUCGCAUGGAUGUGGUACCAAGCACAGCAGUGUGGCAUCAUUGGUCCGAGAAAUUGAACUUGUCACCCCGGACGGAGAGGUGGUGACUGCUAGUCCCGAGAAGAAUCCAGACAUCUUUUACGGCGCAACAGUUGGGCUUGGCUCGCUCGGCGUUCUCACUAAGGUCACUCUACAGACAGGGCCAGCAUACAAUCUGGCUGAGCGAUCAUCAGUUAUGCAUCUCACCGAGCUGGCGGGCAACUUUGAGCAUAUCGUGACUGAGUCGGAGUAUGUCAAGAUCCUCGUCGAGUACCACACGGGGGCAGUACAGAUUAUUUCUAGCAAUCGUACGCAUGAACAGCCCAGGAACAGUCCAACUCGCCUGGAGGCAGACUUCUGGGCGUAUGUCAUUGAAGCAUUUCAGUUUUCCACAAUGCUCUACCCUGCGAUAAUCCCGGCUACAAUGCGCUUUCUCAUACACCACCUGCGUGUGUUCAGCCCCAGCGAGCGUGUUGAAACCUGGUCGAAGGCCCUUUCCAUUCAGCAGUAUAUACCGCUGCACCUUGAAUCAGAGUUUGCUGUCCCGCUGGCACAGACCCCUCAAGCCAUUGAAGCUGUAUACAAGCUUGUGGAUGAGAUUGGGAUUGGCAUCAGUGUGUUCAACGAGGUGCGAUGUGCGUCUGGCGAUAAGUUCUGGCUGAGUAACGGCUACGGUGCAACUCCCCGCUGUCAUGUCACACUGGGCCUAUAUGGCCAAGACAACCGCAAGGCUGAGUACUUUGGCCAGGUCGGCCAACGCCUUAUGGCACUAGGUGCAGAGCCGCGGCCGCACUGGGCAAAGUUCUACACGCUCACUGAGCGCCAACUCAGCACCCUGUAUCCCAAAUGGGGCGACUUUGUUGCACUCAAACGCAAGCUGGACCCAAAUGCAAUGUUCUGCAAUGCCUAUCUUCAGCAAGUCUUCAGCGAAUCUAAGGUUUGCGGCUAGUGCUAGAGUUUGACCGUAGCCGGACGUUUUAAAUGAGAUUGCAAAAUUCAGCAGAUUUUUACGAGGAGUUUCUCACUCAUAGAAUAGUAAAGCAAUCGAGACUAGAUCACCCGUCUAUUUUUGCAUACGGUAAUAUAUUUUCUGACAUUUAUCAUAAAUUCCAGCACAUGUCAUGCUGCAGUUGCCUUGCACAUGUAACCAUGGUAACCCUCCUGCUGCUGCUGAUAUAUACUAUACUGGUUGCAGACUUCUUUUCCAAGUAGUUUUCUAGGGAUUGAAAGGUUGCCAAGUUAUUUUACUUUAAUAACUAAUUUUGUUCAUGAUAGCGAUGACAACUGUGCAUGAAUGGUGUCGGCGUGAUCGCUUGGAUCGUCUGAUACUUGAUAGGUGAUCAUUAUUUUCACUGAGCAUCUCCAUGAUCAUGGUUGUUAGUGUCUGAGAUUAUUUUUCCAAUUUCCAAUUUUAUUAACCCUUUCAUGAUAAUGCCCAACAGUUCUGUCCGCAGAUUGAUGGAGUAAUACCAAGACUAUUAUAACCACAAGACUA